AUGGCAUCUUGUUUCCAGCAACCAAGCGUUGAAGAAGACUCAGUGAUACUUUUCUCAACUUCUAAUUCCCCGGAGGAAUACUUCACCAGCACCUCCACUUCUUUCAGUCACUCGCCGCCACCUCAACCUCAUCAACAUUCACAAAUAUAUUUUGAACUUUCUGUAAGAAAUCUUUCCUAUACCAUUUGUCCUAAUAGGUCAGUAUGCACUUCUUUUUCUCACUUGAUGCAAAAGCCCAAGCCCAUUAACAUACUUAAAUCAGUGUCUUUCGAUGCAAGAGGCUCAGAAAUUCUAGCCAUUGUUGGUCCAAGUGGUACAGGAAAAUCAAGUCUUCUUCGGAUCAUAUCAGGCAGAGUCAGAGAUGAAGAUUUUGAUCCAAAGAGUGUGUUGAUAAAUGGUCACCGCAUGGCUAGUCCAGCUCAGUUGAGGAAGAUAUGCGGAUUUGUCACGCAGGAAGAUAAUUUGCUUCCUUUGUUGACUGUGAAGGAAACACUUAUGUUCAGUGCCAAGUUCAGGCUCAAAGAAAUGAGUUCAAAAGAGAGAGAAGAAAGGGUGGAGAGCUUGAUGCAUGAGCUUGGCCUUUUCCAUGUUGCAGAUAGUUUUGUUGGUGAUGAAGAGAAUAGAGGGAUAUCUGGUGGAGAAAGAAAGAGGGUGUCACUUGGGGUUGACAUGAUUCAUGAUCCACCAAUUCUACUCCUUGAUGAGCCAACUUCAGGUCUAGACAGCACUUCAGCACUUCAAGUGAUUGAGCUUCUUUCGUCAAUGGCAAAAGCAAAGCAAAGGACAGUGGUGUUGUCUAUCCAUCAACCGAGCUAUAGAAUUCUUCGAUACAUUCCAAAUUUUUUAAUCCUGUCUCGCGGUUCUGUUGUGCAUAAUGGCAGCCUGAAAUCACUAGAGGAAACCAUAACCAAGUUGGGGUUCCAAAUUCCGUUGCAAUUAAAUGCUCUGGAGUUUGCAAUGGAAAUUAUCAAUACAUUAGAAGAUGAGAAAUCCAAGACUUACGUGCCUGCUCUAGAAAAAAAUGAACCAUAUUCCUACUCAAUUUGGCCCCAAGAAGAAAUUGCACAAACCCCGCGAGGUAUUGAUAGCAAAUAUUCAGGCUUUUGUUCCUUCUUCAAUUUUUCUGAAAUUAUGUUUCUCUGCUCAAGAUUUUGGAAGGUCAUUUAUAGAACAAAGCAACUAUUCUUGGCAAGAACCAUGCAAGCCAUUGUUGGAGGCUUUGGGUUGGCCAGUGUAUAUAUCAAGGUGAGGAAGGAUGAAGAAGGAGUUGCUGAGCGAUUAGGCCUAUUUGCAUUCAGUCUUAGUUUUCUUCUUUCUUCAACAGUGGAAGCUCUUCCGAUAUACCUUCAGGAGCGGCGUGUUCUGAUGAAAGAAUCUUCAAGAGGAGCCUAUAGUAUCUCCUCCUACAUGAUUGCCAACACAAUUGUCUUUCUGCCUUUUCUGUUAGCUGUGGCUAUUCUUUUCGCCGUUCCUGUGUACUGGAUUGUGGGACUUAAUCCUUCCAUUGCUGCCUUUGCAUUCUUUGCAUUUGUGGUCUGGCUCAUUGUCCUGAUGGCUAGUUCUCUAGUGCUUUUCUUAAGUGCAGUCUCCCAUGACUUCAUUUCCGGAAAUUCUCUCAUCUGCACAGUUCUUGGAGCAUUCUUUCUAUUCUCUGGAUACUUCAUUCCAAAAGAGAACAUCCCCAAAUAUUGGUUGUUCAUGUAUUAUGUUUCUCUCUACAGGUAUCCAUUGGAUUCCCUGCUUACAAAUGAGUAUUGGAGUGUGAGAAGUGAGUGUUUCUCUUGGCAGGGUCAGGAUCACUCCAAGUGUGUGCUUACAGGAAAUGAUGUCCUCAAGAAUAGAGGACUUGACAAGGAUACUAGGUGGAUAAAUGUUGGAAUCAUGUUUGGUUUCUUUGUUUUCUAUCGUGUGCUGUGUUGGAUAAUUCUUGCUAGAAGGGCUUCAAAAACAACAAUUUGA